AUGGCCAGCGCCAGCCCCGCCAAGAUGGACAGCGUCGCCAGCCAGCCGCCGCCUCCCGCGCCUUUCCUGCAGCCCGCCUGCUUCUUCGCGGCGGCCGCGGCGGCGGCUGCAGUGGCCGCUUCACACAGCGCGCAGCAGCAGCAGCAGCAGCAGCAGCUCAGCCCGGCGUCGGCGGGCCACCCGCAGCACCAGUCCUCUCCCGGCGGCGUCAAAGCGCCUGUUGCGGCUGCGCCGAAGCCCCUUCCGCAGCAGCCGCAGCAGGUGAAGCGCCCUCGCUCGUCGUCGCCGGAGUUGAUGCGCUGCAAGCGGCGCCUCAACUUCAGCGGCUUCGGCUACAGCCUCCCUCAGCAGCAGCCGGCGGCGGUGGCGCGGCGGAACGAGCGCGAGAGGAACCGCGUGAAGCUGGUCAACCUGGGCUUCGCCACGCUGCGCGAGCACGUCCCCAACGGCGCCGCCAACAAGAAGAUGAGCAAAGUGGAGACGCUGCGCUCGGCCGUCGAGUACAUCCGGGCCCUGCAGCAGCUCCUGGACGAGCACGACGCCGUCAGCGCCGCCUUCCAGGCCGGCGUCCUCUCGCCCACCAUCUCCCCCAAUUACCCCAACGACAUGAACUCCAUGGCGGGCUCGCCCGUCUCCUCCUACUCCUCGGACGAAGGGUCCUACGAUCCCCUCAGCCCCGAAGAGCAGGAGCUCCUGGACUUCACCAACUGGUUCUGAGAGGCCCCCGAGGCCCUCUUGGCGCUGGCUGGGCAGCAGGUGGGUUUGGCUGAGGCAGCUUCUCGGGUGGGGGCCGAGCGGGGAGGGGGUCGUGGCGGGGCUCCGUUGCUGGCAGGUCGGAAAGGAAGAAGGGUUUGUUCUUUUCUAGAACCGUAGAGCUGGAAGAGACAGCCGAGGGUCAUCUAGUCCAAGGCCCUGCAUAGAACCAUAGAGCUGGAAGGGGGACCCAGAGGGUCAUCUAGCCCAACCCGCCUCCACACUGCAGGGAUCUUUUUGCCCAAGGUGGGACUUGAACCCACAACCCUGUGAUUAGGAGCCUCGUGCUUUUAGUCGGCUAUUUUCCCAUUACCAUCAGUGCACAUGGCACUCGUCGGAGUGAGGAAAGGCAAGGCCACUGCCCCAAGGAGGUUACAAUCAAAACAAAUUUGACGGGGAGGACAAGCAUGUGCAAAUGCACCUAACAAGAGCAUAGGAGUGGAGAACACCAUCUCAUUAUAAUUGAUGGGAGUUGAGCAACCUGUAUCCCGCUGAGCUCAGUGGCUCAUCUCCAGAAUGGUAGGUUGCAGUCCACGGACUACUUGGGCACCGGGUGAAAAAAGAGCCCUCUUGGUCCAUGGCAAAUGGAGUGUAGGGUGCCUAUGCUUCACUUUUCUUUUCCUCUCUUUAUUCAGUGUUCAAUACUGAGAUACAUUCUGAGUGCCCUAUGGGGAGGUGGGACCUACUUUGAACUAGCCCUAUUUGAUUACAAAACUGCAAAUAACCAAGUGCUCCAGAAGUACUCCUGGAAGUCAGUGUAGUGGUCAACUAUAGUAGGAUCUGUCAGUGAGACAACACUGGCCUAAGUGGCUUGUGUAUUACAUAGCCUGACUCCAAGACUGGGCUUCUGUAGUCAACAAAAUGCUUAAUAUGCAGUAGGCCUGGAAAAUGGUUUGUAGCCUUCAGCUGGGAUCUCACUGAGCAGCUAGGUCAAUACUGCCCUUAACCUUUAUUUAUUUCCCAUUCACUAUCUAAUGUAUAUCACAACAAUAUUUUGUCUACAUGAAUCAAAACACUAAAACAGCAACAAAACAAUGAUAAACCGUAAGCUAGCACACUUGGAUUCCUCCGAAUUGGUACUCAAAAUAAUAACUCAGAAGAAUAUUCCAUUGGUUUAACUUCCUGCUAUAUCCUAUGAGAGGGCCAAUAGAUCUAUAUUAUGAUAUAGAAGUGUUAAAGGGGCUUCAUUCCAAAUAUGUCUGGAUGCCAGUUCUGUGGAAGCUAACAGGACUCAGACUGUGGUCAAAGGACACUGUGAGAUCACUUAGAUCCCAGGUCUAGCCAGUGCCUGGAUGGGAGACUGCUUGGGCAGUGUUAUGUACACUGCCUUGAGGUCCAUCACGCCAGUGUAAUGAAUGUGAUUACUAAAUCUUAAAUGCGGUCCAGUCCAGUGGGAUCUCUGCCACUGUGUUCAGUGGGACCUCCUCCCUAGUAAGAUUUAGGACUGAAGCCUUAUGCACACUUUCUGGGGAAGAAGCCCCAUUUAUCAUAAUGUGACUUUUUGUGAGUUGAUAUGCAUUACUGUAAGCGUGUUCAGGACUUGGGAAUUGCACCCAUUGAAGUCACUGGGAUCUACACUGCAGUCCUGAAUAAUUUACUCAGAAGCAUCUUUGAGUUAAAUCCAAAAAAUUCAACGUAACAGACUUGUAGGCCUUGCUGUGAAGCGGGUGUGCCUUUCUGAGCAGAAAGAUCACUUAAUGGAGCUGGCAUGCCAAAACCAAUUGUGUCCUUGUCACAACUUGGAUUAAGCCUUGAUGCUUACCUCUCUCUCCUUAUGUUGUUACAGGACUUGCUGAAAAACGGUUGCAUCUGUUUUCUUCCCAUUACGGAAAGGAAGAAAAGUCAAGACAGUGAAGCACAGAAUGAGUUUGACUGCAUUUGCAAGAAACCGGAAGCACUCCCUGAUUCUGCCUUUGCACUCCAGGCUGUUUUGAAGAGACAUGCAGCCCAAUUCUAUGUAUGUUUACUUGGAAGUUAGCCCCAUUUAACGGAACGGGACUCAACUACUCCCAGAUAAGCGUGCACAGGAUUGCAGCCUCAGUGACAUUCACAUACAUAGGAUCAGGCUGCACAAUGGGCUUAGUAGCAACAGGAGGCCCAAGAGCAACUAUCUGCCUAUUCAGUACCCCCAAAGUUAAACAACACUGCCUAUAUACAUCAUAUACAUCUUCAACAGAGCAAUGAGCUUCCCGUUUUGUUGAAAUAAAUACAGUAUUGCUUCUUUGGAAAGACUGUUUCACUCACAGCUUUCUGGACACAAAACACAGUGCAAUCCUAGCAUACUUACUCAGAAGUAAGCCCCACAGCAUUCAGUGGGACUUCUUCCCAAGUAUAUGGCUUUAGGACUGCAGCUGUGCAAACGAAUCCUGUGUAUGCUUACUAGAUUCAGUGGGACUUGCUCUUAAAUAAGUGUGCAAAGGACACUCCUGUUGCCUAGUACUUGUGGAGAUUUUGAAAAUCAAAACUAUGCUGUAUUCAAAGAAUCCUCUGAUGUCUCCCCUCUCCUUCAUCCACUUCCUCCCUACCAUUCCCAUCAUAAAAUGCUUCCAAUUUUUUCUUGUGAACUUUUUAUUAUAUAAAAAAAUCUAUUUGUAUCAAUCCUAACCAAUUUUGGGGAUAUAUUAAGCUAUUUUUGUAUAUAAGAGACAGAGAAAUUUAUAGACUUUUUUUGUACAAAUGGUUUAAAAUGUGUAUAUCUUGAUAACUUUUUAAAUGAUAUGUAAUGCUUAUUACCUCUUCAUAUCUAGAUGCGUAGUCAAAAUGACCUUACAACUGCCAUGUUUUUGUCAUGUGGUCUUGUAAAGGACUUGGAAAUGCCUCCGGAUGUACUUUAGCACCAAUGUGUCUUACUUUUUUAUAGAAACUUUGCUAAUGUAUUAAUAAUGUUAUUAAACAAUUGUUCAAAGUGAACAAAGUUUAUGCAGCUAUUGUCCAAACGCAAAAUGGUAGCUAUUUAUUUUACAAGCUGCUGCCUUUUGAAGAAAAAGAAAACUUUUACUACUGCCU